GGUUCCAAGAUGUCUAGCCUGACGACCAUAAGCAGCACCAGCAAGGAGUCGCUGGAGGCGGAGGAGCUCGUCGACACAAGGUUGUCGCUCGUGAUCGGUGCCGGGAGCCAACCGCCGCCGGCGCCAGUGGCAGCGGGUCAUGUGGCGGGAAAUACUGGAAGGAAGAAAGGGGAGAGGUGGAUAGGCGGCGGUAGUACAAGGCAGCAUGCCAAGAGGGCCAGGGCUGUGCACGGCGGCAGCGACGUCGACGAUGGCGACGACGGAGGGGACGCAGCCGGCCGCGCGAGGAAGAAGCUCCGGCUCACCGCGGAGCAGGCGGCGCUGCUGGAGAAAAGCUUCCGCUCCCACAACGUCCUCUCCCAUGGUGAGAAGCAGGAUCUUGCGGGGCAGCUUGGGUUGAAGCCGAGGCAGGUGGAGGUGUGGUUCCAGAACAGGAGGGCGCGCACCAAGCUCAAGCAGACGGAGCUCGACUGCGAGCUGCUGCGCCGGUGGUGCGAGCGGCUCAGCGACGACAACGCGCGGCUCCGGCGAGAGCUCGCCGAGACACACGCGGUCCUCCUCGUCGGCGGUGCACAGGGCUCGAGGCUCACGAGGUGUCCGUCCUGCAACAGGCUCGCCGGCGGCCGGAGGGCGGCCUAGAUUACCGCUGCCAUAGAACUUGUCAACUAGAAGUGCGCCGUCACGUAGCAUAAGCUAUAGCUAGCGUAGUGAAUUAUCUAGGCAUGACGCAGUCUCACAUGAGCCUAACGAGCUGACAAUAUUGAUGCAUGUAUUAGCUACGGUGUACUUUGGUAGUUUCGUUAUAUGUGUCUUCCUCGCUCUGGAUGAUCACGAUUCCUGCAUGAUCUCAAGCAGC